GGGCCGGAGGCCAAGGCGAGGCCCGGGACGCCCUUGGAGGUUAAUCCUCUCGAGACUAAGGGCUGCGGGGCGCUUGGGGGCGGCACUGAGGUGAGGCGUGGCAGAAGACCGGGGUGACCUUUCCUCCGGGGGUUCCCAGGUUCGAGACGGUCCUUAAAGGACCUCAGCAGGAUACAACACCCAUCCCAUGAGGCCCCACGGGAACCCGCUACUCACCCAGGAGCAGAAACAGCGGGAGCAAAUGCCCUCAGCCGGCCUCGCACAGGAAGGAAAUGCAGCCUGGGAGAGAACGCUUCCGGCGGGAGCCCCGACCCACUCGCUCGCAAGGAGCAUGCGCGACCCGCGGUCGCCGGCGAGAAUGCGGUGUGCUCCCAGGGUUAGAAAUGAACGAGCGACGUGACGUAAGAGGUCCCAAGGGAGCAAACCUGAAAGCCAGAACCUCCUGAAUACACAGACUGCCAGGGGGCCAGAUGAUGUUAGACACUCCGAAGAUAUAAGAAGCAUCACUUCCUUCAGAUAGAGUCGACAUAGAAAGAAGGCAGCUGUCUGCAAGCCAGAAAGAGAGGCUUCACCAGGAAUUAAAUCAGCUGGCACCUUGAUUUGGGACUUCCCAGCCUCUCAAACUGUGAGAAAGUAGAUUUCUGCUGUUUUCGCCAUCCAGUCUAUGGUAUUUUGUUUUGGCACCUUGAGCAGACGAAGACAAUUGCCAACAUAUUUAUGAAAAAAUUCUUGGGUCAUUGAGAAAAUAAGACUUCAUUUUCAAAAUAUGUAAAUGUCCAGUCAGAUCCUGGCAGCAGCUGCAGCGGCUCUCCUUGCCAUUUCCUUUUCACUUUUGGAAACAUGGGCUGCCAUGUGGCUGUCUUUGAUGAUGUCAUCCAGUUGUUCAGUGACAUGAAAGUGUGCAAGUCUUCAACACUAGAAAAGGCGAAGAAGCGCAAGAAGUUGCUGCCCUUCUGCCUGAGUGAGUACAAGAAGAACAUCAUUCUCGCAGAGGCCAACAAGAUCCUGGUAAUUAAUGUGGACCAAACCAUUGAUGAUCCCUAUACCACCUUUGUCAAGAUGCUGACAGGUGAUAUAGGAAAAGAGUGGUCCCAAGAGUGGGAGCAGCCGGUGGCCGGGGGCUGCACCCUGGGAGCUAGCCAAGACAAAGAUACCAUGUCCAGAAAAGAAAUUUCAGAAAUGACUUAUGGCUCAGAGCCAUGUAUGUAAAUGAGGUUAUUUUUAUUUUUCUGAAAAUGGUCGGUUUCUAUUCAUUAGCUUUCUCCCAGUUCCCUGACUUCAUAAAAUUUAUGUUAAGGAUUUGAAAUAUUCCCAAAUUAAUUUUCAAGUACCAUGACUUUCCUUACAGACUUCAUUUUUCUUUAGAGUUCCCUGCAGUGCAAACCUGUACCUUCUUUAAUAAAUGUAAACAUUUAAGCCAGGUGCAGUGGCUCACACCUGUAAU